CUCUUGUAUUCGGCGGCUUUCUGGCCAUGGCACCUCCGUCAGUGCGAAGACGGAAACAUCAGUCGUCAGAUAUUGGCUAGUCUUUGGAAGACAUUUUUAUCAGGCGAUAACCACGAUCGAUGGGUGAAGUAUCAUCGAUCGUGUGUUCAGAUCUCGAGUUAGGAUCCAAACGACUGUUGGGAGAGGUCUCAGACGAUGCAGGAUGGAUACCGCGAUGCAUUUUCCUCGGUCUGUGUGUUUGGCUUGGUACGGUGGUUUACGACUGCAUUGGAGUCUACUAUUGUAGAACAGGCAUGCAUAGACCGGUUGUUUCUGCAAGCGUCCUUGGUUGGAGAUCUGGAAAUUCUCCAGCUAUUGCUGGAUGUGGGAGGCGACGUCUUUACUGUUGAUGAAAAAGGGCGAGGGGCAUUGGCACUGGCCUUGCAGAGAGGGCACAAUCCGAUAUUCCGACUGCUGAUUGAUCGAGGAGCCGACGUCUCGGCAGCCGCUGGUGACGGGUGGACGCCACUGCACUUGGCUUCUGUAUAUGGGAACGAGGAGGUGGCCCGACUGUUGAUUGAUCGAGGAGCCGACGUCUUGGCAGCCAAUAGUGACGGGUGGACGCCACUGCACAUGGCCGCGACAAAGGGCGCGAGGCAGUGGCCCGAUUGCUGAUUGAUCGAGGAGCCAGCGUCUCAUCGACCAGGGAGCAGCCAAGUGGUCUGUGCGGACAGACGCCGCUGGACUGAUCUACAUA